AUGGUCGACAGUGGCCCAACCAGUGGCAACAGCAUGAACCAAGUGGUCAGGACACAGGACCCGCUACGUCUCCACCAGCCUUCAACGAACGGGAAAGCCGAACCCGUGCACGAGUGGAUCGACACGCUGCUUCAGGCGGCCGUGAUUGCCACGGAUAAACAGCACGAGACACGUGAGCCCGACGGACAGCCGUGUCCAGCCAUUGCAGUAGCUGUAACAACCAGGAGGAGCUCUGCAAGCUCGACAGGAGCUGCGAUGAACGUGUCGACGUCCUUAGUAAACCUCGAUGCAAACAGUAUCGAGUCUGUGGUCGUGAGUGAUGCACUGAGCAAGUGUAGAGACCACGACGACGAUGAGUCGUUGACGUCUCUGCACUCAAUUGAGCACGGAGAUGCUAGCAAAGGAGACGACAGCGCGUCGGGCACCACUCGGAAGCGCUACCAACGUCGACGGUGUGAAGUCAUAGGGUGCACGAAGUUUGCCCGGUUGAACAAUGCCUGCUCAGGGCAUGGUGGACGACGUCUGUGUGCAGAAACUGGCUGCACGCGAGUGGCCCAGUUCGGCCACAAGUGCAGUGCGCACGGAGGGAUGAAGCUAUGCAGCGUCGAAGGCUGUUUCCGAACUGUGCAGUCUCGUGGCUGUUGCAAGACACAUGGCGGCGGGGUCCGGUGCCAGUAUCCCGACUGUACCAAGGGUGCGAUCUCGAAAGGGUUUUGCCGCUCCCAUGGCGGCGGGUCGCGCUGUGCGGAAGAAAGCUGUGAAAAGUGGGCGCAGCGUCACGGAUACUGCGUGCGCCACUCGAAAGGCAGCACUGGAACGAAUGAAGCGGGGACGAUGGAGGAGGUCAAGUCGGACACUUGCACUUCGUUCCGACCUGUCGAACCUCUCUCUACGGUCUAA